AUGGAGAAAAGCAUGUUGGACAUAAAACUUAGCGACAAAAUGACCUCGGCGAAAAAAAUUAAAGUAAAAGAAAUCAUGAAGUACUUAGUGUUCUUUUGCGCAGUUCUCGCAGUAGGAACAUCUGCUCUGCCGCAAAAGACUGAGAAUGAGGUCGCGCCCAAACAACAAAGGCUGAUCACCAACACCAUUCGAAACCUGAUCCGACAAAUUAGCAGAGCUAUUAAAGAAAAUGGACUGGACCCUGUGGUCAUUGACGAUUUUGAAUACGAGUACAAUAUCCCAUUCCUAGUCGACGUCAGACUCUUCAUAGAGAAGUUGAGGUUCAUCGGGGCCAGUGAUAUCGUCAUUAAGCAACUGGAUUACUCGGCAAUCUUCAACAGACUCCGUUUCGACAUUGAGCUCCCACAUUUGUUACUUGUUGUAGUCGACUCGGGAGUUACGGCUAAUAUUUUUGGAGAAAAAUACAGUGGCCAAUUUUUAGGCAGUGUUGCUGUAAAUGGUAUUGGUCUGUCUGGGGAAGUCCGAGUGAACAUCGGCAUUAUCUCGGGAAUAUCCAUUCGCAGUUUAGAUGUGAAAUUCCGCCUUGACAGGAUUAAAUCCAACACUGUAAUCGUGGUCCUAGGAGAGGAUUGGUCAUUGAACGUCAAUAAUCUUUUGAACAACGAUAUUCCCAACUUGUUGAAAACACACGAGAAUGACAUCAAUAAAUUUCUAUCAGAACUUCUGAAAUCGAUUGCCGAUUCCGUAUUGAAGCCAAACGGACUUUAUGAAAAUAUGAUCUCUGAAGUCUAA